CAGCACAGAGAGACAGACAGGACAACAGACAGGUCAACAGACAGACAGGACAACAGACAGACAGGACAACAGACAGACAGGUCAACAGACAUGGAUAAGUUUGCUCAUAUGAUCGGGGAGAAGAUGGGAGACAUGGUGGAGGACGCCGUGAAGAAAGCUCUGGGUGUCGGAGACAAAGACAAAGACGAAGACGAUGAUAAGAAAGGAGGGUUCUUGUCUUUCUUUGGAGACAACGAUAAGAAGAAAGACAAAGAGGACGAGAAGGACAGAGGAGGAGUGUUCUCGUUCGGAGACGACAAGAAGAAAGACAAGGACAAAGAAGGAUUCUUCUCCAAGAUCUUCGACAAAGACGACGACGAUAAGGACAAAGACAGGAAGUCUGGCUUCAAAGGUCUGUUCAACGAACAGGAAGGAGCCGCCGGAGGACACGACGGAGGACACGCCGGAGGACAUGACGGAGGACAUGACGGAGGACACGUAGGAAGAGGAGAAGAGAGUGGAGGAUACGCAGGACAAAGCGGACUCAACGAUGGAGAUUUGUUCAAUGACCUGAUGGACGUCGCUGCAGAAACAUCUGGAGGGAAGUGAAGACAACAUCGUGUCAACCGGCCUCGCCUUCGCUCCACCCUCGCUCCACCCUCG